AUGAGAACUUUUGUGGUAAUCCUGGCUGUGGUGGCGUGCGCGUCCGCCGGCAACGUGAACCGCGACAAGCGCAGUGGCUCCCUGGGCGGCUGGAGCGGCUCCCUGGGCGGCCUGGGCGGGUACUCCCUCGGCAGCUCGGCCGGCUACUCGCUGGGCGGAUCGGGCUGGGCGGCACCCAGCGUGGGCUACGCCGCGCCCGCCGCGCAGGUGGUGACGGUCAACAAGGUGGUGAACACGCAGCGUGUGGUGGACGUGCCGCAGGUGGUCAGCGUGCGCAAGGUGGUCAACGAGCCCCGCGUCGUCUCCGUCAACAAGCUGGUGGCCGCUCCCAGCUACUCCUCCGGCAUUAGCUCCGGCUACGCCUCCGGCAUCGGCUACGGCUCCGGCAUCAGCUCCGGCAUUAGCUCCGGCUACGUCUCCGGCAUCGGCUACGGCUCCGGCAUCAGCUCCGGCAUUAGCUCCGGCUACGUCUCCGGCAUCAGCUCCGGCAUUAGCUCCGGCUAUGCCUCCGGCAUCGGCUACGGCUCAGGAUGCGGCUCUGGCCACGGCUGCGGCUCCAGCCUCGUAGCCGCCAACAACGGCUGGUGGUAG